GGAUCGGAGCACAUAACCACAUUGUCUGAGCGGCCCUGGCCGGGGAGGAGCCCUCCCGCAUCUGCAAACUCUGGACAGACACAGACUGGAGGAGGUAGAGCGGGAGGGGGAGGAGGAGGAAGAGGAAGCAGACGCCGAGGGUGGUGUGGCUCGCUCCUGCCUAUCCAAGUUGCCCGGGCGCUGCGCGUAAAAGUUUGUACUGUACGUUUCUGCAGGAGCCGUGAUUCCACCACCCUCCCGAAGAAGGGGGCUCUUUCGGCUCUCUCUCCCCUCAGCCCCGAUCUCCCCCUCCCUUUCAGCCCGAGGUUUGCACUGUUUUGGGCUUUGCUUCUGGGGUUCCCGUUGCAGAGGACCAACGCUAUGCCCCGGAAGAGUAUCGUGGAGGUGAGGGUGCUGGACGUGCAGAAGAGGCGAAUUCCCAACAAGCACUAUGUAUACAUUAUCAAGGUCACUUGGUCCAAUGGCUCGACAGAGGCCAUUUAUCGACGAUACAGCAAAUUCUUUGAUCUGCAGAUGCAAAUGUUGGACAAAUUUCCAAUGGAAGGAGGACAGAAAGACCCUAAACAAAGGAUCAUUCCCUUUUUGCCAGGUAAAAUCCUCUUCCGCCGAAGCCACAUCCGUGAUGUUGCUAUUAAGCGUCUUAUACCUAUUGAUGAGUAUUGUAAGGCUCUGAUCCAGCUGCCACCGUACAUCUCUCAGUGUGAUGAGGUUCUUCAAUUUUUUGAGACAAGGCCAGAGGACUUAAAUCCUCCUAAAGAUGAACCCAUUGGAAAGAAGAAAUCGGGAUUUAUCCAGAGAACGGCUUCUUUCCUUCAGAGAGGUGGAGAUUUGUCAUCUGCUGAUCCUAUGGUCCUGGAACAAUAUGUGGUGGUGGCCGAUUACCAGAAGCAAGAGAGCUCUGAAAUUAGUUUGUGUGCAGGCCAAGUUGUAGACAUAAUUGAGAAGAAUGAAUCUGGCUGGUGGUUUGUAAGUACCUUGGAUGAACAAGGUUGGGUCCCCGCAACAUGCCUAGAAGUCCAGGAUGGUACCCAGGAUGAAUUUUCAAUGCAAACUGAAGAAGAGGAGAAGUAUAUGGUGAUCUACCCAUACGCUGCUCGGGAUCAAGAUGAAAUAAACCUGGACAAAGGAUCUACAGUGGAGGUGAUCCAGAAAAAUCUGGAGGGAUGGUGGAAAAUCAGAUAUCAGGGUCAGGAGGGCUGGGCCCCAGCAUCUUACCUGAAAAGAGGGGGUGGAGACAUACUUACAUCAAAACUGGGAUCUGCAGCUUCAGCCCAUUCAUAUGCAUUGGAUAUGGAUGGACUUUCCCGGCAGCAGAACUCAACAGGUCGAGACAAGGAUGGGCCAAGUCACCAAAGAGAUGGAAGAUAUGAUGGUCGCCCGUUGCCCAGUGUGGACUUUCAGCGAAAGUCACCAAAGAUGAGGCAAAGACCCCCUCCUCGUCGAGAUCUCACAAUACCACGUUGUAUCAAUCUGCCAAAGCCCCCAGUGCCUCCACAGGUGGAGGAAGAGUAUUACACCAUUGCUGAUUUCCAGACCACCAUCCCUGAUGGCAUCAGCUUCCAGGCAGGACUGAAAGUAGAGGUAAUUGAGAAGAACCUGAGUGGUUGGUGGUAUAUUCAGAUUGAGGAGAAGGAAGGCUGGGCACCAGCUACUUUUAUUGACAAAUACAAGAAAACUAGCAAUGCAUGUAGACCUAAUUUCUUGGCACCAUUACCAAAUGAAAUGGCACAGCUACAGCUUGGUGACAGCACAGCAGAGAACAGCUCUAAUGGAGACCCUGCUGGGCCAUCUCGACCUCUGCCUGAAGCACCACCUAAUGGCCCAGAAUAUGGAAUCAAAUGGAAAGGGAAGGAGAGCUCCCAGGAUGCUUUGCCUGAGAACAGUGAUGCUUCUUUGUGUGUUGGCUAUGAGGAAAUAGGGGAUCGGGAUAUGGAAGAGAAACCGAGUCUUCCUCCAAGGAAGGAAUCCAUAAUUAAAUCAGAAGAGGAGUUAAUGGAAAGGCAAAGGUUGGAGCAGAGGCCACCUCCAAAGCCUCCUGGCAUGAUUUUGCCUGGGAUUCCCGCAAAGCAGACAGUCCCUCCAAGGGACAAGAAGCCAGAGCUCAAAACAGAAAAGGGCAAAUUGUUCCAGUUGAAAAAUGAAAUGGGUCUUGAGUGUGGCCAUAAGGUUUCUCCAAAAGAAGUAAAGAAGCCAAACCUCCGGCCCAUAGUCAAGCCAGCGAAACCAAAGAUUGAGCCCCCAGAGGAUAAGCCUGAGGCACCUACUCCAAGCCUUUUCCUGAAAUCAAAACCUCAGAUCAGACCGAAGCCAGCACCUGCCCCUAGGACAGAUCCUCCUCAGUCAGAGAAUAAAUUAGACCUUUGCAAUCUGAGGAGCAAGCUCAAGCCUGCAAAGGCGCAAGAGAAGCCGUCAGAACAGGACCCUGUGAUUAAUGAGAGUGCCUUCAGUAACAGUGGACUUCCAGUAGAAUCUUCUGUCAAAUCUCAGGAAAAGCCAAAUGUGGAGAUUAGGCCUCCCUCUAGACCUGACAGCCAAAUCUUUAAGGAAGCUCCUUUCCUCAAAGUUCCUGUGGGUUCCUCAAAGCCAGGUGAGAAUGAACCCAAGAGCAGCUUUCCAGUACCUAGGGAACCCCCUCAACGUCCAAUAGUACCUCCCAGAAGGCCUCCACCUCCUAAGAAAGCUAAUGUGCCAGCACCCUCAGCUUCAUUUGCCCCCCCUGCAGAACAUAAAGUCAUCCCAAAGGAAGUGCCUGAAGUCCGAGCUGUCCCAGUGUCCAGCAGGCCAGUAUUGGUUCCGCCAAAAGCCAAAGCUUUCCUGCCAUCUCCUGGCCCAGAUGAAGCCAAAACCAAAAGCAGCUCAGGCCAAAAGCCAUUACCCAAGCCUGUGGAGAAGGAAAGAGUACCCAUGCCAGUUACCAACCUGGAUGUCUCCAAAGAAGCCCUCUACGUGGCUGUGGCAGAUUUUGAAGGAGAUGAAGAAACCAGCAGCUUCAAAGAAGGGACUGUAUUUGAAGUCCGUGAGAAGAAUAGCAGCGGCUGGUGGUUUUGCAAAGUCCUUGCAGCAGGGCCAUGUUGGGAAGGCUGGAUUCCUUCCAAUUAUCUCCGAAAAAAGCCGUAGUCCUGUUGUUGUCUUUGUAUUACAGCAGCUCAACAAUCCCCAUUUAGUACUGCAAUAUUUAAUUAGCUUAUUUAUAGUUUUUCAUAAGGCCAACUCUAUUAAAAACAACAAAAAGCAAAGUAUCUGGGAUACCAAACAUUCCAAUUAGGGUAUGUCUCCAAAAUGGAUUGCAAGAGGAAACAUGCCUUUAUGUAGUAUUAUAACUAGGCUACUCUUCCUUCUGUAGGUAACUCAUUUCCUGAACUAUUUUCACAUUUUAAAAGGAAUGUUCCCCCAUCUCCCCACCUCCGCCUCUUAAUACCUUACUCGGUUUCUCUGUGGUAUAGAUCAACCUGGCUGAAAGGACUGGCUGAUGAACAUCUCAAAAUAUUGACUUCCAUUAAGCCCCUCUCCAGGGGAAUGGAGAGGGGACCUGUUAUUUAGUAGCUUGGGAAAAAAGAAAAGUCAGUCCCACUAGCCAAAGAAGGAAAGGGAGAAUAAGAGAGCCACUUUUCUGGCUAAGUUUUGUUUUUAAUGUCAUGUGCCAUUUAAUGUCAUUAAAUAUAAUCAUGGGCUAAAGAGCUUCAUGACAAGGAGAAUACAUACUGUAAUAUGAUUCCAUAGUAGGUACUUAGGUGCAAAGAGCUAUCCCAGUUGUUGUUUUGGCGUUUUUUAGUCUUCUGUCUGUGUACUUUCCUCUGAUACAAACAAUGCAUCUGCCAUAGCUGCCCCUUAUAUGACAGCUAGUGUUUAUAUAAGACUUGCUCAUGAAGUUCAGUGUACUCUCUGCAGUGCAGAUCUCUGUAUCACUUGGAUUUUUCAGUAUCUUAAUCUCAUUUCAGGAAAUGUAGAGGACAUGGCACACAGGUUGUCCAUGUCCAUACUGUUGGGUAUAAGCAUGGUCAAAGGAUUGAUGCUGCUUCUUUGAGAACUGCACUGCCAAACUUUUACCUGCAUCUGCAAAUAAAUCUUCUAAGCCUUCUAGAUUUAGCUCCUUAUUUCCUAAAUCUAGAAGGUAACAGAAUGGGAGCCCUCCAAGGUGUACUAAGCCUUUCUAGCCCUUAACAUUAAAGUUGGACUAAAGAAUUUUACGAAGGAUUUACCUCACCCCUAUUAUCUCUUCCUCAUACAUUUUGCUGUGAGACAUUUUUCAAAAAGCAUGUUUUCCCACUUUUGUGCUUCUUGAGAAUGUAAGCCAGAAUGCAAUGUCUUUUGAAACAUGCAGCCAGCCUAAAAGAACAGCACACAACUAAGAGCUGUGGGAACUGCUUGAAUUAUCUUAGGCAAAGGCCUGUUUAAAUUCUGGUCUCCUAGUGACAGGUUAUGGCAAGUUCAGCGCUGUGAACUGGAUUUAGAAAUGCAUGAUGUCAAGGGCCAUUUAAUAGGAUGUAGUUCAAUGUUGGAGCUAUAGCCAAGAGGCAGGGGAUUCAUAAAUAUGAAGAUAACUGUGUGGAACUUGUUCUUCUAAAAUAUGUAGGGGCCAGCUUCUUUUCUACUCAAUACUUGUGUAUACUUAAAUGGACAAGCCUGAUGAAAAUAAACGUGUGCAUGCUUUUUAAACUUUUUUUUCAUUUCAUAUAAACACCUGAGGUGUGAACAUGCCAAAAAAGUUGUGGCUUCUUGUCUAUAGCCAUGCAUGUUUUAAAGCAAUGGAUGAGGCAGAGAUGUUGACUACAACAUUUUCAGUAAUUCUCACCUGUUUAGUUACCGUGUGGUUCUAGAGAGUGAGAAUCUGAUAUGUAGAAAUUAACCAUACAACUUGUAUUGAAAGGAUUUCAACAAAAAAGAAAAAGAAAAGACUAGUUUCAGAAAGGCAAUACAACAUUUGUGUACAGGAAUUUGCCUAGUGGGCUCCCAUGAGCUGAAUCUCACUAAUUUGCUGAAGUUAAAUCAGCUUCAGUCCAGCUCUGAGUUUUACCUGUGGAUAUCAGUUGGGGUUUAAGUGGCUGCAUUUUUCUCAAAGGCAGGCUGGUUUGACUAUUGCUUAGACAGAUACAGGACAUCUCAUUAUAGGGGUGCAAUUCAUCUGUCCAUCAGUUAGAUAUGAGAUUAACAGAAGUCAUUCUGAGGGACAUCCUGCUACAUAAAAGUAGAAAUCUUACCAUUCGUCAUGGUUGACCUUGCCCUAAUUUUACCAUCAGUCUCUUGCUACUGUUAAGCAGUGGUUGAACCUUUGCUAUUCUGCAACAUUUGUUCAACAUAUAACUAUCCCUUAGUUCCCCUCUUGGCACUAUUCAGUGUAUGUGGUCUAGCAAUAUUAAUUUCAAAAUCUAUGCCUUUAUACUUAAACAAUUGGUAUUAAAAGAAAUGUUCCUUGUACAGUAUUACUUACCCAUCUGUGAUCCUAACCCCCUUCCUUUGCCAUAGUCCUAAAAAUGAAGACAUUUCUAAAGUAGGAAAGACUAAGACUCCUUUCUAGUAUUUCUUGUUGUUUCCAUAUUUCUUUCUUGAAAGACUUUUCUCAGAAAACAGACUGAGGGAUCAGGAUGGUCUGGGCUAAUAAAGCACUCUGACUGAAAGGAAGCCAUUACACUACACAUCUGUGCCUCACUUUUUGUAUUACAUGGGAUAGAACAGAUAUGAAGACCUGUCUUGCUGGGAUACGAGAAGAGUUGUUGAGCUAAUAUUUGCCUCAACACUUUGUUGCCUUAUGCCAAAAGGUAUAUCAUUCUGAAAAGGAUAACCUGAUGCCAUAACGUGAAACUUGCCCCAUUACCUGUUUCUUUCCAAGUUCAUUGACCAAAUAUCCGUUGGAGUAAAGGAUAUUCAUGUAUUCCAGUGUCAUUUUCCUAGCCUUCUAACUGGGAUGUUCUUCAAUGGCCUUAGGCUCAUCCAGUCUUUAAAAGCCUGUUUUAAUUUUUAAUGUUAUGUAUCAGUCUGUAUCAAUCUGUACGUUAAUUGGGUGGGAUUUAUGGGGAGGGGAUUUUUGACAACGGUAGAUGUAGCCUAUGUAAAAUUCAUGUAUACUUCCAGCAUUAAAGGCUAGGUGAUUGUAUUUGUGUGUGUUUUUUUAAGCUAAAGAAAUAAAAAAUAGGCUUGACUGGUUUCAAGCAGAAUU